AUGGCGGUCCAGGCGACGGUCAACUCUCAGCCGCCAUGGAUGGCACGCAGAAGUAGAAAACGAUAUGAUCUCGACCUGCAGAUGCUACCACAACCGACCAUCUCCAUCCCACGGAAGAAGUCACUGGCUUCGGUACACUCUGCAUCAUCCAUCGAUAUCAACAGCCCCGAGAGCGCCAUACAAGACGACAGCAGCAGGACUGCCAGCAUACGCGAUUUCAACCAGGGCGACUCAUGCAGCAGCACAUCGUCCUCACCCAUCCUCGAAUUCCAAUCGAAAUCGAAGACUCAAAUCGAAGAUUCUCGACCGCUAUCAUCGCUUCCACAGGCCGCCUUGCCACGACGAAUCUCACACUCUUCACAUUCCGAACCGGAAGCCACCGCGCUGCCGUCAAGAAGGCCGAGUCGCGUCGCCGUCCCGCCAGACGUGGUCCAGAUGCUGCGGACGCAGAUCGCCGCCAACGAGGCGCAGAUUGCCGCCAAUUGUGCGCGGAUGGCGGAGAUCCAACUUGCCGGCGAUGAGGCCACCGCGGGGAUUCAGACCCGUCUGGCCGCCGUCUCGGAGAUCAACGACCAGCUCAAUCAGCUACGAUCCUUGCUUGCGAACAUGUAG